UGUUCUUGGAAUGUGUUACAGUUGAACGAGGAGGAUGUUUAUUUAUCUUAUCUCCCUCUGGCACAUAUCUUUGAUCGGGUGAUUGAGGAGUUGUUUAUUUCUCAUGGUGCCUCAAUAGGAUUUUGGCGUGGGGAUGUAAAAUUAUUAAUUGAAGACAUUGGGGAGCUAAAACCAACUAUUUUCUGUGUUGUUCCACGUGUGCUGGAUUCGAUCUAUACAGGUCUGACAGAGAAGAUUUCUUCAGGAGAUUUCUUGAAGCAUACAUUGUUUAACAUCGCAUACGCAGCACCACUUUUUGACAAAGUAGUUUUCAGCAAGGUAAAGCAAGGAUUAGGCGGAAAAGUAGGACUUAUUUUAUCUGGAGCUGCUCCACUUGCAACACAUGUGGAAGCUUUUCUACGGGUGGUGGCAUGUGCUCAUGUUCUACAAGGCUAUGGUCUGACGGAAACUUGCGUGGGGACAUUUGUCUCACUACCGAAUGAACUAUCAAUGCCAAAUGUAGAUGUGUGCCUGGAGUCUGUUCCUGAAAUGGGAUAUGAUGCCAAUUCAAGCACACCACGUGGAGAGAUUUGUGUAAGGGGAAAUACCCUGUUCUCAGGAUACUUUAAACGAGAAGACCUCACAAAAGAAGUCAUGGUCGGUGGAUGGUUCCACACAGGGGAUAUCGGCGAGUGGCAGCCAAAUGGAAGUAUGGAAAUCAUUGACAGGAAAAAGAACAUUUUCAAGCUUUCACAAGGAGAAUAUGUUGCGAGUGGCAGCCAAACAGGGGAACCUUGCCUCUCUUUUUUUGUCACUUUGCUCAUGGGACCCCAGCAAGAGGCCAACGGCUGUAGAGGCCCUCCAACAUUCAAAUGCACGAUAAUAUCUGCAUUUUCUGUUGAGCAUGUGAAAGGUUAUAUUUAUAUUGAAGCUGAUAGGGAACGUGAAGUCGUUGAGGUAUGUAAAGCGCUUUGUAGUAUAUAUUCUAGUAGAGUGGUGCUGGUUCCCAAAAAUGAAGUUCUCUAUCUGCUUUCUCUUCAAAUCAAAUCAAGUGAAGUUUCUAAGGGCACAUGGGUCCUCGUGAAGUAUGGGAAAUACAAAGGGGACCUUGCACAGGUUGUGGCAGUUGAUGAUGCACGGAAGAGGCCACCGUAA